AUGGAUCUUUAUCUUGUACUUCAAUUGCCAACAAUUAUUCAAAGCAAAGAGGACAUCAAAAUUGUUUAUCAUUUUUUGAAUAAAUUAUCUAAUUGUUCUUUCGAAUAUGGCGAGUUUGAUGAAGUUAUAUUCAAUUCAGAAGCUCUCGAAUUUUUAUUUGGAAAUUCUUCCAAACAAUUUUAUAUUCAAAAAUGUUUGCUAUUUAUGGACUACUUUAGCGAAAAUAAAUUAAAAAUUGCUUUGAAUUAUUUGUGUGUUAGCGGAACACUUGCAAUUACUUUUCCUCCAAAUAAGGACAUGACAAAUUAUACGGAUAUUUUAUUUGAAAUUUUAAUGAAAGAAGACAAAUUUAAUGAAGUUCAUUUAAAUUCAAAUAAUUUGCAAACACUUUUUGAUAUUAUUAUAAAUCAUAUAGAAACGUCCACAAAAAGCUCAAAAAUGGUGGCUACAAUUGAAUUGAAUGGUCAGCGUAUUAAUCUUACUAGUUUAAAUGAGAGAGCUGAAAAAAUUGAGGAUGAUAAUGAUGACGACGAUUAUUUAAUUACAAAAUACCGACUUUCCAACAAAUUCAAUCCAAAAAUUAAAUACUCCAUUUUAUAUAAAGAAGAAUUGGAAGAAUUAAUAAUUAAACAAAUUUAUUGUUAAAUUUAUUCAAUAAUUUAUUUUAUUAUUUUUUGGUAAUUGAUAAAAUCCGCCCAGAUUUUUUUCCUUGAUAUUUUCGAAAUUAAUUAUUCUCAGUGAAUUCCUUGUCAGUUUAUAAUCCAAAAAUUGAUUUCUGGGUGGUUUUUAAAAAUAUUAGGCAAAUUUGUUUUAUGCAUAUUGUGUUUAAUUUGGUUUUUUGAUAAACAUAUAGGUAUUUUUAUUUUCCAAAAAUUUGUCGAAGCU